AUGUCAAUAUUUCAAUUACCGCCAUCUACGGCACAUCGCUUGAGGUCUUCGCAUCAGCUUCCUGAUGCUCACUCUUUCGUCAAAGAGCUCGUGGACAACAGCAUCGACGCAGGUGCUACUUCUAUCGAAAUCACAAUCUCGCCCAACACUGUUGAUAAGAUUCAAGUCCGAGACAAUGGAUGUGGAAUACAGGUUGAGGACUUCCAAUAUCUGGGUCGUCGGUCUCAUACAAGCAAACUUCGGCACUUUGAUGAACUUCACCAAAACGGCGGUAAAACACUAGGUUUCCGUGGCGAGGCCCUUGCCAGUGCGACUGAAACGGCUGCUAUCAAAAUCACGACUCGAACAGCUCAAGAUCCGGUCGCAUCACUUCUUCAACUGAAAGAAAGGAUUGGAGGCUUCAGCAAGAAGCAGCCAGUAUCUGGCCCAGUUGGAACAACUGUUCAGGCUAUAGACCUGUUCAAAAAGUUCACCGUUCGCAAGCAGACUGCUAUCAAAUCAAGCCGAAAGUCUCUUGCUGAAAUCCAACGUCUUCUGGAAAGCUACGUGAUAGCGAUCCCUGAUCUUAGACUCUCCUUCAGAGUUCUCAAUUCUUCAAGCCAGGCCUGGUCCUACUCUCCUUGUUCACUAUCCAGCACGCAAGAAGCGAUCACUCAGAUCUUUGGCCAUGCUCUUACCGCUCAGCUUAUCGAGGUAUCUUCUGACACCAGCACCGAGGAUGAUGUAGCAGAAGAACAACCACGAGUUUUGAGAAUCACGGCCCUUUUACCUCGACCUGACAGCGACGUCCAGGUUAUAAAAGGCAAAGGAGCCUUUAUAUCGGUUGACUCAAGACCUGUUUCCUCUGCCAGAAGCACAGGCAAGAAAUUAGUAUCUAUCUUCAAGUCAAGCAUUUCCAAAAUCCUCGGCUCGCCUGGCAGUUCACGAGCGCCUUCAAAUCCCUUUGUUCAAAUCAGCAUCCAAUGUCCGCCAGGCUCAUACGACCCAAAUGUGUCGCAGCUGAAAGAUGAGGUGAUGUUCAACAACGAGCCGGCAGUUCUCGAUUGUUUUCAAGCACUUUGCGAUACUAUUUACGUUAAGAAAGCCCCGGUAAGCACGACAACACAGAAAAAGUCGACACGAGCAGGAAGUACUCUUCCACCCACAACCGAAGCCUCGAAAACCCCAAGAGCAAACGCAAGAGAACUGAGUACACCCAGCAAAAUUAGACGCGAACACCUGCCAAUCGAUGAGGAUCCUAUGGGGCCCCUUAAUGACGGGUUCGAAAGGUUGCUUCUCGAAAAUCCAGGCACACUUGAAAACGGCGGGAGCGCUGUUCCUCACACUUUCACUUGCUCUCCUUCACCAAGCAAAACUCAGCAUCGAAUCAACAACGUGAUUAGCGACGCUGAUCAAAGUGAAAAAAUUCAACAAAUGAUGAGGUCGAAACUAUGCAUCAAUCUUUCGCGCAGGGAUAGUGAUUCUACCGACGUGGACGGUACAGAUGGGCUGGUUCCUGUGCAAGUGACACCUCGCCGAUUGGCCUCGCCUAUUAAAGAAUCACUUCCUUCUCGUUCUCGACGUAGGCCGCUAGCAUCAGGUCGUCGCUCUGAAGAUAUUGGUUCCUAUUUCCGACCAGUGUGGGAUGAGCCAAUUGUGAUUGCAACAGACGAGACCGCCACGCCUGAGAACACAACACUUGAAAUCGGUCUGGCAAGCUCUUCUGAGACUAAUCGUCGUCCGCUGAAGGAACUGACGCAGUCAGAGGUCAACACGUUUCAAGAAGAAGAGGAGGAGGAGGAGGAUUUCAGCGACAGUGAAUCACUGGUUGAACUCCCUCUUGCCGGGCCACAUCUUAGCCCAUCUCCUCGCACAUCACCACGCCGUUUGGCUCGUGCUCGUAUGCCAAACAGCCCCUUCCAGCCCCUCACAAGGACGCAACAAUCCCCCAGCUUCAACGCAGGGUUGGAACUGUCACCAAACUUGCAAACCCCUCCACCAUCGGACCCCAGACGUGCCGACAACCUGGCUCGUCGUGAUUCACGACGAAAUUCUGCCAACAUCAUGACGAGGGGUCAGCAGUCAUCUCAAGGCAUUAUGGCGUCGUCAGUAAGUAGGAUUGGUGAACAUGGGCCGAGGCAAGGUCGCAUCCUUCUGGGAAGUGGCCCGACUGCAUCCAACGACAGGCGUCGAUCCGGACAAGUUGGGCGUGGAAAUGGAUUGGCCAGCCGAAGAGCCGCACCGGCCAGUCGCGACAGCUCAGACGUACAUCUGAAGGAUUGGUUGCACAACAUCAAUACUAACUCCGAGGACCAAGAAGCUGAUCAGGAGCCGCAAAGCCAAAUGCACUUUCAAGAAGCUAUUGAACAACAAGAUGAUACCACAUGGUCCCAUUCUCUACAGGCAUUGUUAAUAAGGACACCACCGCCACAAAGAGAGAGGUCAGACAACAAGACUGAAAAUGAACAUUACGAAGCCCCGGACCACAGCCACGAUCAGUGCAAUGAGGACAGCAACCCGAGGUCAGCAAAGCGGCAACGGCGUCACUCGAGCAUCGCAACUUCAGCGAGCGAAGAGUCAGACCCUAGACGCCUUCUCAUCAAGAGACAACGCAUUUCCACAGAAGGAGGACGACUGAAACGCAUUGCGUCGAAGAAAUUGCCAUUCGAAACAAUUCCUCAAGUUGAUCUCACAGUGAAACUGUCUAUCAAAGCUAGGAUUCGAAUGAGCGAGCUCAGAAUUGCAGCUUGGGAAUUCAUGAGUUCAGGCCAAGCAGCGGAGCAGGAUUCUGCCAUGCAGUUCAGCAGCAUGGAAGAAGUUGACAGAGUGAAUGAGCUGCUAAAGAACACCACAGAGACAUGGUUGGGUGAGGAUUCGUCGAUCGAGGUGGAUUACAUUCUACGAACUGGAGCAAAGGGUAAAUCCAAGGCGUAG